GCACCAAUGAGAUCAAAAUAUCAAUCCUCACUUAAGAGAAGGUCAAUCAUAUCAGCGACGACGGUGGAAGACUCAAAGCAUAUCAAGUUUAAGCAAGAGAGAAAUGGUAGAUGCAAUUGCCAAGAAUAGAACCAUUCCAGAUUUCUAGCUUUUCAGCGACCUGGCCCUUCUCAUAUCAUCUUACUAAUCACUAACUAAAGAGGAUUAGCACUCUAAUGGAACUUAGCAGAUUCAAAGAUUCCGUGCAAAAAGUUUAGGCCUCAUUCUUCUGUUGCCUCGUAUAUAUUAUAUAUAUAGUACAUGUAGACUAAAAAGACAAGCAGAUCGAAACUAAACGAAUAUGGAGGAAGUGAGGGUAAUAGGAUUCUGGGCGAGUCCUUAUGUUUACAGGGUUAUAUGGGCUCUGAAUCUUAAGGGAGUCAAGUACGAAUAUCAAGAAGAGGACAUAUUCAACAAGAAUGAUUCACUUCUUCAGUACAACCCAGUGCACAAGAAGGUGCCAGUGUUUGUUCAUGGUGAAAAGCUGAUUGCAGAGUCCAGUAUUAUUCUGGAGUACAUUGAAGAGACAUGGCCACAGAACCCUCUGCUUCCAACAGACCCUCAUGCGAGGGCCAUGGCUCGAUUUUGGACAAAAUUUCGAGAUGACAAGAAGCCGAAUCUUUACGGAUUCUUUCAAAGAGCUGGAGAAGAGCAAAUAAAAGCAGUGAAAGAAGCCCAGGAGUGUCUGAAGAUCUUGGAAGAGCAUUUCCCUGAGGAGAAGUUCUUUGAUGGUGACAAGAUUGGAAUGACAGACUUAUCCUUAGGAUGGCUAGCAUUCUGGUUUGAGGGCAUGGAAGAAGCAGCUGGUGUACAAGUUCUGGAAGCCGCUAGCUUCCCUCGCUUGCACGCAUGGAUCAGAAAUUUCAAGGAAGUUCAGGUGAUUAAAGAAAAGCAUCCUGACCAAACUCGCCUGUUAGCCUAUUUCAAAUGGCUAAGGGAGAUGUAUACCAAGCCAGCCACUACUUGAUAUCCUAGUUAACAAACUGAAUCCCAUUUCAAAUUUA